CACUCUCUUCCAACCCAAGAAACCUCAGAAAAAAGAAGAAAACCAAACCAUGGCACUUGUCGUUAAUGUCGCCUUCCUGCAGCUACAGAUUCUCGCGGGUUUGUUGAUCAUCAACAUUUUCUCCUUCUCCCCUACAAGCUUGGUCGCCAGCCAGCCUGCCCUGACAUUGGACUACUACUCCAAAACCUGCCCGACUGUGUUUGAGGUCGUCAGGAAAGAGAUGGAAUGCGCCGUGCUGUCCGAUCCUCGUAAUGCAGCUAAGAUCGUCAGGCUGCACUUCCACGACUGCUUCGUUCAGGGGUGUGACGGGUCGGUUUUGCUCGAUGAUACGAUUACCUUGCAAGGGGAGAAAACCGCCACUCCGAACGUGGAUUCACUCAAAGGGUUCGAAAUCAUUGACAGUAUUAAGAACAAGGUCGAAUCUGAUUGCCCUGGCGUUGUUUCCUGUGCUGAUAUCCUCGCCAUUGCUGCCAGAGAUUCUACCGUUCUGGUUGGUGGACCUGACUGGGAGAUGUAUUUAGGGAGGAAAGAUUCUAAAACUGCGAGCUAUGAGCUUGCUAACUCCAACCUCCCAGUUCCAUCAGAGGGCAUUCUGCCAAUCAUCACCAAAUUCCUUUACCAAGGGCUCUCUGUUACCGAUAUGGUGGCCCUCUCAGGGUCGCACACGAUCGGGGUGGCGCGGUGCCAGAACUACAGGGCAAGGAUCUACGGUGACUACGCGGUAACCGCCGAUCAAUCCACGGCCUCCGAGUCCUACCUCAACGACCUGCGAGCCUCCUGCCCCGCGGCCGGAGGAGACGACGACACGGUUGCUCCCAUGGACAACGUUACGCCCAACUUGUUCGACAAUUCGUAUUAUCAAAUCCUGUUGAGAGGGGAAGGGUUGUUGAAUUCCGACCAGGAGAUGUACUCCAGCUUCCUCGGUGUCCAGACCAAGCAGCUCGUCCUUCAGUACGCACACGACCCGCUCGCUUUCUUCCAUCAGUUCGCGCAGUCGAUGGUCGCGAUGGGCAACAUUACCAACGCCGUCGAUGGCGGCGAGGUCAGGAGGAGCUGCAGAUUUGUGAAUACUUGAAACCAGAGAAGAGAAGAAAAAAAAGGAAAGGGGGGGAUUUGAUUAUUAUUGGUUUAUUUGCCGAGAGUAUAAUAUAGCUAGCUAGACUGUUGAACAUCGUUAUUGAAAACUGGUUUCGGAGGGGAAAUUUCAUUUGAUGUGCUGAUUUUCGUUGAUGUUGGUUAUAUAUGGUGUUAAAUUUAUUUGGCAGUGUGACCAACAAGUGGGAGCUACUAGUAUCACAUGUACGAAUCAUGUAUAAUCAAUUUAUAUAAUGUAU